UCUUCAUUCCAGAAGUGUCUCAGAGCGCUCUAUAUAAAGAGUGCACUUCAUUUAUCAUCCCGCUGCUCAGGACGAACGCUUGCAACCGUAGAGAUGGAACUGGCUCCACGCUUGCUGAUUCUCCUGUGCGGAAUCACCGGACUGUUGACUGGAGUUUGGUCUAAACCUGCCAGUCAAAAGAAAGACAAUUGCUGUCCCAAGGGAUGGACUCAAUUGGAUUGUCGCUGCUACAUUUACCAAGAAAAGGGGCGGCAGUUUGCAGAUGCAGAGAGCAUCUGCAACAUUCUUGGUGGGAACCUCGCCUCUGUACACAGUGCUUUGGAGUAUGCUGUCAUUCUUGAAUUGAUCAAGCAAUCCUCCGACUCUACUGUUGAUGUUUGGCUUGGACUCCACGAAGCGAUUGAGGAUAACGCCUACUUCUGGACCGAUGGCUCAGAUGUUGACUUCACUGCCUUCAACGGUGACGACGAUGAUGGAGAUUGUCUUGAAAUUGAAUUUGACGAUGACCUCUGGGACAAUGACAGCUGCACGGACGAAAAUAGAUUUGUUUGUGCUCGAGAUGCUGACCAAUGCGAGCACUGAUUUGCCCUCCCAAGCUGAAAAUCUACAAGAAUACCAUCUUCAAUACUGGGAUUACUCUUCUUAAAGUCUGAUGGCAUCUCUUCUCUUUGGUAUAUUACAAAUAUUUCAGUGAAUCAAAUCAAUUAUGCAAUAAAAUAUUCUAGCAAUAUCA